GUUUUGUUUUUAUCUUCACUAUCAUCUUGUUAUUUUAUUAUCAAAAGUAAUUGGUUGGGGUCUUUGUAUCCUGGUAGGUCUUUGCCUUGGAUUGCUAUUAGGAACUUUGCGGCUAAUAUCAUUAUUUUUAGUAAUUUGGUGCCCUUAUCUUUGUUUGUGACUUUGGAUGGUUUAAGAGUGGCUUACUCGGUGUACAUUCAGUCGGAUAGGGAUAUGGCUAAGGAGAAUAAGUUUGCUGAAUGUAGUGUUUAUGGAGUGAUUGAAGAUAUUGGACUGAUAACUCAUGUUUUGACUGAUAAGACUGGAACUUUGACAGAGAAUCAAAUGGUCUUAAUUGGGAUGCACUUGAAGGGAAGAGAGGAGUUGGUUUACUUGGCGGAAAUGAGUAUAAGUGAUUUACUAACCCAAAAAUAUGCCGGACUUAACUUACUGGCUAUGCUCUUGUGUCAUUCGGUGGAAGUAGUCGGCCAGGAGUACCGAGGAGUCUCCCAAGAAGAGAUGGCUAUACUUAGUAAGUUGGCAGAAUUAGGGUUGGUUCUACUAGGAAGAGAGGAUGAUUUAGUGAGUGUGCAGUGGCAGUCACAAGUUUAUCAGUUUCAGAUCUUAGCAGUUAUGCCUUUUUCAUCAAGUCUUUCGCGCAUGGGAGUAGUUGCCCAAGUGGGUGAUAAGUGCUUCUUGUUUGUGAAAGGUUCUGAAGAAGUAGUACCGCAUGAGACUUUAAGUGUAACUGAUGGCCGGUACCGAGUCCUCUCUGUAGCUGCCAAAGAACUAUCAGCCACCGAAAUACUCUCAUUCCAACCAGAAGCACCUAAUAGUAAUUCAAAUCAAAACCAAAAUCAAAAUCUUAUCAAUAAUUCUAAUCAAAAUACCAAGGAAAUUAGUAUUUAUAAAGACUUAGAUUUUAGUGAUAUAUCUAUUCGACCGGCCACUAAACUAGUCCCAGUUUUGGAUGGUAUUGGUUUAGUUCAGGAAUUAGAAGCUGGUUUAGAGUAUAUCGGCACUAUCUAUAUUGAAGAUAUGAUUCAAGCUAAUGCUAACGUAGCAAUUCAGCAUAUCAAACAGAAGAACAUCAAAAUCUGGAUGAUAACUGGUGAUCGGAAAGAAAGUGCUCUUUCUUGUGCCUCUUCUACCCGGAUAAGUCAUGCGGGCUCUAAAGUCCUUUCCGGGCGAAUGGCUAUUGACUUACUACAGGAAGAGAUUGCUCAGGGUAAUCAUACGCUUAAGGAAGAAUCAGGAGUGAUAGUUUAUCGGGCUACUCCAGAUGAUAAGAAAGAGAUUGUGCAUUUGCUGCGUAAAGAAGGAAGUAUUGUUUUGUCCGUUGGUGAUGGUGAAAAUGAUGUAGGAAUGAUUGAAGAGGCCGAUAUAGGUGUAUGUAUUCUGGGUAAAGAAGGAAAGAAAGCCGCUUUUGUGGCUGAUGUAAUUAUUCCUUCUUUCUUUGCGAUGGCGAAGUUAGUGGUUCAUCAUGGGACUAUUUGUCUGGAAAGAUUGAAAGCUGUUUACUUCUUCUAUAUCUUUAAGUGUGUGGCUGGUGCGGUUUGCCAGUGUCUUUAUGGUAUUUCUGUUGGUUCUUCGGGAUCGAUAGCUUCUUCUUCGUUGUUUUUGAUCUUUUAUAACUCAUUGAUUACUUCGCCCUUAUCUGUGGAGAUAGGACUUUUUAGACGAGUAAGUACGGUACAAUCGGUGAAAGAGAGUGUUUUAUCUGGGUGUUUGUAUGGUGGUUUUUCAUUCCUGAUUGUUUAUCAGUCUUUUGGUCCCGUAGAUAUUAUUAGUCAAACUGGGACUUUAGCUGGACAUUCCUUGGUUAGUCGAGUCUUUUCAUUAUGUCUUUACAUUUCAACGUUAAACCAUUUUAUCUUUAUAUCGGACUCGUUUGUUUGGAUGACUCCGGUUAAUUUGAUGCUUUCUGUGCUUUUCUUUUUGAUAUCAAUUGGUUUUGAUGGUGGUUUUGAUAUUUUCUUAUACCCUUCUCUCUAUCUAAUCAUUAUUUAUAUGAUCACUGUCAGUGUAGCUAUUGAAAGGUUUAUUGUUCUGCUUAGAAAAGACACUCCGUAUACUUCCACUAAUCUAUCCACUCCCAUAGAGUCUACUUCCCUGCCCAUCCCUUCAGCCCAAUCUUAA